UCACGUGGCCACUGGCCCCGCCUCUUCCUCUCGGUCCCAUAUUGAACUCGAGUUGGAAGAGGCGAGUCCGGUCUCAAAAUGGAGGUAAAACCGCCGCCCGGUCGCCCCCAGCCCGACUCCGGCCGUCGCCGCCGCCGCCGGGGGGAGGAGGGCCAUGAUCCAAAGGAACCAGAGCAAUUGAGAAAACUGUUUAUUGGUGGUCUGAGCUUUGAAACUACAGAUGAUAGUUUAAGAGAACAUUUUGAGAAAUGGGGCACACUUACAGAUUGUGUGGUGAUGAGAGACCCCCAAACAAAACGUUCCAGGGGAUUUGGUUUUGUGACUUACUCUUGUGUUGAAGAGGUGGAUGCAGCAAUGUGUGCUCGACCACACAAGGUUGAUGGACGUGUAGUGGAACCAAAGAGAGCUGUUUCUAGAGAGGAUUCUGUAAAGCCUGGUGCCCAUCUAACAGUGAAGAAAAUUUUUGUUGGUGGUAUUAAAGAAGAUACAGAGGAAUACAAUUUGAGAGACUACUUUGAAAAGUAUGGCAAAAUUGAAACCAUAGAAGUUAUGGAAGACAGGCAGAGUGGGAAAAAGAGAGGAUUUGCUUUUGUAACUUUCGAUGAUCAUGAUACAGUUGAUAAAAUUGUUGUUCAGAAAUACCACACUAUAAAUGGGCAUAAUUGUGAAGUGAAAAAGGCCCUUUCUAAACAAGAAAUGCAAUCUGCUGGAUCACAGAGAGGUCGUGGAGGGGGAUCUGGCAACUUUAUGGGUCGUGGAGGAAACUUUGGAGGUGGUGGAGGCAACUUUGGCCGUGGCGGAAACUUUGGUGGAAGAGGAGGUUAUGGUGGUGGAGGUGGUGGCAGCAGGGGUAGUUAUGGAGGAGGCGAUGGUGGAUAUAAUGGAUUUGGAGGUGAUGGUGGCAACUAUGGUGGUGGUCCUGGUUAUAGUAGUAGAGGAGGCUAUGGUGGUGGUGGACCAGGAUAUGGGAACCAAGGUGGUGGAUAUGGUGGCGGUGGUGGAGGAUAUGAUGGUUACAAUGAAGGAGGAAAUUUUGGAGGUGGUAACUAUGGUGGCGGUGGGAACUAUAAUGAUUUUGGAAAUUAUAGUGGACAACAACAAUCAAAUUAUGGACCCAUGAAGGGGGGCAGUUUUGGUGGAAGAAGCUCGGGCAGUCCCUAUGGUGGUGGUUAUGGAUCUGGUGGUGGAAGUGGUGGAUAUGGUAGCAGAAGGUUCUAAAAACUGAGCAGAAAAGGGCUACAGUUCUUAGCAGGAGAGAGAGCGAGGAGUUGUCAGGAAAGCUGCAGGUUACUUUGAGACAGUCGUCCCAAAUGCAUUAGAGGAACUGUAAAAAUCUGCCACAGAAGGAACGAUGAUCCAUAGUCAGAAAAGUUACUGCAGCUUAAACAGGAAACCCUUCUUGUUCAGGACUGUCAUAGCCACAGUUUGCAAAAAGUGCAGCUAUUGAUUAAUGCAAUGUAGUGUCAAUUAGAUGUACAUUCCUGAGGUCUUUUAUCUGUUGUAGCUUUGUCUUUUUCUUUUUCUUUUCAUUACAUCAGGUAUAUUGCCCUGUAAAUUGUGGUAGUGGUACCAGGAAUAAAAAAUUAAGGAAUUUUUAACUUUUCAAUAUUUGUGUAGUUCAGUUUUUCUACAUUUUAGUACAGAAACUCUAACAAAAUGCAGUUUUGAAGGUGUUUCCUUGUGAGUUAACAAGUAAAGAAGAUCAUUGUUAAUUACUAUUUUGUAUGAAUUUUGCUAAAGUUAACUGUAAAGAAACACCUGCUGACUUGCAGUUUAAGGGGAAAUUUAUUCUCCCCAUUUCCAAACCAUGAAAUGAGUGGGCUCUGACAUGUGGAGAGAAUAGAUAUUUGUAUGUUUGCAAUGUGUGUUUUAGAUAAUAGAAUUGGGUAUUUAAAUUAGCAUAUUUGUGAAUUUAAUAGCAUUAAGAUUUACCUUCAAAUGAAAAAUCUCAAAAUUCCUAUUUGGUUUUUGUGCAUUUUCUUUAAAAAUGUAAUCAUAUGAUUUUAGUGUAUUAGCUUUGCUGAGAGUCCUAGCUGUGUUUAGAACAUCUCCAUUCUGCAUUCACCUUGGUCACAUGUGAACUGCUCCCAUAGUUUUAUUUGGGUGUAAAGGAUGUCUGCUGCCCUCUGUUUAAAUUUGGGAAAGGGGUAGUGAAUGUUUUCCCCUUCCUCCUAUCUUAUAAAACAUUUUUUAAAAUUUUCAGAUACAGGACCACUAAGCCUGCUACAUCUGAGCAAAUUAGUGGCUGCCUUUUUUUUCCUUUUUAAAGCACAAGAGGCCCUUAAAUCUUUGGUUAUUUUCCUUGGUUUAAUAUAUAUUUUUUUGAUACACGCUCUCAGAGCAAGAGAAUAAAAAUCAUGCAUUGUUGAACUCUUAACUGGCUGGCAUGCUUUCCUGUUUGUACCCUGUGCAUUUUACUGGAUGGAACCAAGGAUAGUCUAGAUAUAAUCAUCACAAAUGACUUAACUGCAUUAGAAGUGUAGCACAGUUGCUUAGUACAAAUAAGCUUUUUACUUCCCAGAGACCUGAAUUCAAAUUUGGAUAGUCAGAGUUGUAUUCACUUAAAAUCCCAAAGAACACACUGUUAUUCCAUGUGUAUGCUUGAACCUAAAUCAUGUUGGUAUGAAUUAACAAUUUGUUUGGAAGACCCUGGUUGAGAAGAGUUUUAGGUAAUAAGGUCAUAUAUAUAAAAACCAACGUCUACUGUUUUGCGCCAGCUAGUGCUUACAAUCUCAUUCGAGCCCUAAGUAUGUGCCCUGCUGUAAUUAUUUCUUUGGCAGUUGAACGUUGAAUUUGAGAUUCUUAUUUUUGUUUUAAGAAGUACUAAGCAAAACAAGCAAUAAAAGGGGGGAUGGGGCGUGCUAGUGUUUGAAUAUGCUCUCUUGUUGCUCUAAUUCUGUGCCUCUGUGCAUUAAUAUUUGGAUGCAUGCAAUGCCAGCAUGGAAAUUGGUCUUCACAGACACUGCAGUUUUCCAGAAAACACUCACAAACCAAUAAAUGUAACAGACAACAUUCCAUUUGUUAAUGGACAUAUGUGAAUAAGCAGUGUAGAAAAUAGGCUAAUUAUUAGAAAAUGGUUAAGUCGUUAACAACUUCAAGUGUGGUUAUAUAAAUGGACACUGUCAAUGUUCAUAACUUAAGCCUGGGUACAUGGUCAAAGUAAUGCUUGGGAAACAUUAAAAUUAAGCUAAAUUGUC